AUGGAAGACACAUACCACAGACCGGACCAAAAGACUCUCCAGGCCUUGAAAGAUAUGGCGAACAAGCUACGAAUCGAUAGCAUUGAGUCUACGAACACAGCAGGUUCGGGGUACGUACAGUAUGCAGUAAUUUUAAUGCUAAACUUUGCAGCUUGGUUUAACUCACAACUCGCAUUUAAACUUCCUGAUUUUAUCUUUCAGACAUCCGUCUUCGUGUUGUUCUAUGGCUGAAAUAAUGUCGGUUCUUUUCUUCCAUACCAUGCGUUACAAAGGUGGGUUUUAGUUGUGCCUUUAGUUUUGCCUGCUCGUAAUCAUCUUAAACCGUGCGAGCAGAUGUAUAUUGAGCAAUACGUUCUUAAUGUGGUGCUUGUCAUUCGAAAUUUUAGCCAACACGAACUUUAUUAGCAGCUUUUAGAAGCCGAUUUGGCCUCCAUUCCGUGCUAUUUCGCUUUGAUGUAAAAUUCGUACGGUUGUACUCAGGGGUGUUCUAAACAAAUAUUGGCUUAAGUCUUCAAGGCAGUACUGUGGAGUUUUCAUCAGCUUGUAUCGAUUUCACCCCAUUGGAUUCAGUUAAUAACUCACUUAAGUUAUUAAUUUUAGUUUGUUUACUGUAUUUUGAUUUUGCGAUGCGGUACGUAGAAUCUUUUCGAGGUAAAUUUAAAGCGUGCCAAUUCUUUUUUGCACCGUCACCGUCCAAUGGCUUAAUUAAAUGCCUGUCCUUAAGUAUGUAAUAGUUGCAUACACUUAAUUUAAGUUCGAUCCGCUUUGAUUUGAAUAUAACAAAUACGUCACUAUUUUUUUUAAAAAGGCAUUUUACAAAGGCAUUGGGAUCUUUCAUCUUCAGUGUCAUACAUCAUUGCACAUACAUGUGUUUUCUGAAGAGCUUUUAGCUUUAAGUUAAAAGUUUGAAACCCCCACUAAUUUAUAAUCGCUAGGCUUAAUUUUGAUAAAUUGCAUGUGCACUGUAUUACGAGAAAACACGGAAAAUAAAGGCAGACAUCUCUUUCUCCUAGACCAACACAUGUCAAUCAUCUGACCUUGUGUUGAGUAAAUUUAAAGUCAAAGAACUUUGUUAGUACUUGGGGUCAACUAACUUUAUUGUUUCUGUGAGCCGAUGUUUUCGUCAUGAAAAUUGCAGAGAAUCGCUCAGUCGUGUCAUGUAGAUUUUGAGUUAAACUUAAAUAUUCUUAAAACAUUUUACUAUAGCCAAAAAGAUGCUUUUUCCUGUGGUCAUAAAUAAUCUCUGUUAAGUUUGUUUUAAGCUGUAUUUUGUUUUUCAAACAACUUUGGAAAGUUUUGAAAACUUUUAGAACUAAUGCUUUUGUGUUAUUAUUUUCUUGAAUUGUUAUUUAAUAGUGUUUGUGUUGAGCUACAGGUUAUAUUUAGAACUGAAUAUAUCAAAGAAUUUAUUACCCCUAUCAUUGUUCAACAGCUCAAUCUUAUUAUAUGUUUAAAAGACAUAUUGAACCAUCCUUUUUUUUGUAUGUGCAAUAUUUAUAUAACAGUGCUUUUUUAAUAUUCACUUUUUGUUAGUCUGGUGACCAAUAUCAAUUUUGUUUGCCUUAGUCAUGCAAUGUUGUGCAUGAGUUAAACUAUGAAAUUGUGUUACCAAAUGAUUUUUGUUGCUAUAUAAUGAUUAAAACGUACCCAUUUUUGAUCAUUAUAAUUAUUUCCUUCUCUCUUAUAUGCUUUGGGCAAUUCAGAGAAAUGAUUUUCAACUUCCUUUAAUCUGCAUAAUAAUUGAAAGCAAUACAAUAAUGAAUACCUUUGCACUACUCGAUUGAUUGUUCACUAACUUUUACUAGCAAGUUAUAAUUUUCACCAAUCUUUUGAACAGCUGUAAAGAUGGGGAUAUACAUGUCAAAAUUAAUCUGCAAAUUGAAAUAAGAUGGAAUUUCUCUCCCACAUAGGAAUACUUCAUUGUUUUUAUUCCGUUGAAUUUUCUUUUGUCGGAGCUUUUGUUUUCUCAAUUUGCUUUAAAACUAUUGUUCUUUGGAAAUUACUUUAUUUUCUACUAGCUACAACCUCAGAUAAAACUGGUCGAGGCAGAUUGGAAAAAUCACCUCCUUUUCCUUGUCAUCCUGACCAAAAUAUGUAAAGAAAAAUUAAUCAUUGCUGGAUGAAUUGACAUUCCAUCUCUUGCAGUGGAAUAAUGGUGACCUUGUUCAGCUAGUUUUCAUCCUAGUAUUACAUAUAAUUGAAAUAUAGAUGGAACUGUCUCAUGAAUUUUGUGUAAGGUGUAAUAUUCCUCCCAAUUAUGUGAAUUAUGUGGUUUGUUGUAUCCAUUAUUUCUUAAGUGAAAGGAAGAAAUAUCCUUUAGCUACGGUAAAAAUGUCUAUAAAGUAUGCAAAGAUUGUACAGAGUCUAUUUUAUAGUUAAUGUCCAACUGUUGCUUUUUUAUAAUUAGUGUCUGAGCCUCGAGAUGUCUCAAGUGAUAGGUUCAUCUUGUCAAAGGUAAGCAUUUUACUUCACUGACAAAGCUGUCACUUAGCUGCACAAACAUGACUUUUCCAGAGGUUAUUUUGACCUGCAUUUCAACCUCUUUUCUUUUGCUCGGCAUGAUAACAGAUAGCGAAAAAAUUCUUCAUAAAUGUUGUAACUACAGUUGACUCACAAUAACUUGAACCUUCAAGGGAAAUUGAAAAAAGUUUGAUUUAGCGGGAGUUCAAGUUAUCAGGAGAAUGAAGCAAAUACUGUAACCAUAAAGGAGGAAAUGAGUUGGGGAACGAAUGCAAGUAACAUGCACACUUCAAAAUGUCUUGAUAAAUUCACAGUGCUGGACACUGUAUUUAAGGUCUCGGUAAAUGAAAAUUUUAGUACAUUGCUCGAUUUUCGUUUUUUGGGAUUUUUGGCAUGGGUGGGUCCUAAAUUUUAUUUUGGCAGAAAAAGAAAAUCAGAAAGUGCUUUUUAACCCUUCUAAAAUGAGCCUUUUCUGAGCUAACCAGCCAAGCGUGGACCUCGCGCUAAAUCUUUAGAGCUGAUUUUCUCUCACUCUAUUUUAGACGCAAAAGUCAAAAUUCUCCGACCUCCAGUCGGGACAGGUUUUAAGCUAUCGCUUUGAAACUUUCAGAUAUGUUGGAUAAUGAUAUAGACUCAAAAAGGGUGUGAGGAAUUUUCCGAUUUCCCUGUGUAACUAAUUUUAUGUCAGUUUCUUUGCGUAAAUCGCGCUCGAGAUUCGACUCUUUAGUUUGAAAUGCAAUAAUUCCGCUAAUACGAGACAUAUGCAAAUUUCCUCACACCCUUUUUCAGGUCUUUUAUCUGUCAAUCAGAUGCAAUAAAAAGGAAGUGAAUAUUUAACAACGCGAAAGGGCUGGAGCUUCAGCAGUAAACUCGAUACCUCAGAGUUCGAGAGCAGAAAACUUAAGCGCCUUUUGAAAUUCGAUGAAAUAAAAUCUUUUAUAAAGUAAUUUAGUCUUUUAGCUUUAAUUUGAUAUAUAACUUGCCUUUGCAGCGAAAAUACUCGCGUGACUAGAAUUUUUUUCUGUGGGCACCUCGUUUUCCUUUACCGAGACCUUAAAGUGGACUGACAAAAAUGUAAGACAAAGAAUACAUGGUUGUUAAAAUAAUUUCAAUGUUUGCAACUGUAGUACACUUAUUUCCACUUGUCACUUGGCAUUAUAAUCUGCCAAACGAAAUGAAAUUAUAAUACUUGUUUACCUGUGUAUAUGUUGUGGUUCAAUUUUAUCCUUGGUUCAAAUUUUUUCCUUUGUUUCAAACUCAUUAUCACAUAUUACCAUAGCCAAAAACAAAGGAGAAUAAAAUUUAAACCAAGGACAAAAUUGAACCACAACAUAUACAUUCAUUUUCUUAUUCAUUUUUUGUUUCAUUCCAUGUUUUAGGGUCAUGCUGCCCCCAUCCUGUAUGCAGCAUGGGCAGAGGCUGGUCAUGAAAAAUUUCCUGUCUCAGAACUUGGGAAGCUGCGGACAUUUGGCUCUGAUCUGGAAGGCCACCCCACCCCUGUGAGUAACCUGUUUAGUUUUGCUCAUGUUAUGUGGUCAAAUAGCCUGUGAACGGCAGACGUUUCUCCUCUCUCAUCGCAGCUGAGAGACGUUUCGCGAGCAGGAAAGUCUGCGACUCAGCGACAGAAAUUCCAUACUGAUGACGCAAAAUCUGUCCGGAAUCCGGUCAGAAGCGCUAAUUAUUGGUCGAUGGAGUAGUUUCAUUGUUUUAGCUAUUGUUUGCGAUGACAGACAAAAGACAAAAGGCUGUAAAGGUCAAAUGGAAACACGAUGAACCUCUAACAAAACAGUCAAUAUUUGUGGAAUAUAGUCUUCUCCAGAAGAAGCAUUUGAGUUUUUCUGGAGCUCAUUCGCAGUUGAACACAACACUUUACCUAAAUCGACCAGGAGAAACGUAAAAUUGAACAAAUUUGCGUUUGGAACCCCAUGACUACCGGAUUUAUUAUGUAAACAUUGUUUUACGUCUUUGGUAUGGAAUUUCUGUCGCUGAGUUGCAGACAUUCCUCCUUGCGAAACGUCCCUCAGCGGCGAUGAACGAGUAGAAACGUCUGCCAUUCGCAGGCUAGUGGUCAAAAGUCUCAGGCGUCUCUUCUGUGGAGAAAGGACUUUUGUCUCGUGAGGUAAGAUUCUCAUCUAGAGAAGAGAGUUUUGUCUUGAGAGAUGGGGACAACAAAGCUUGUGCCUCGGGAGGGGGUGGUAACUUUUAAGCAGUACUGUACUUUGACUUGCACAAGGGUUAAAAAUAUAUGGAAUUCUUAUAAAGAGAUUUUUCUGAAUAUAAUUGAUGAUAGAUGUGUUGGAUAAAUAAGAUUAUUUCUGAUGAAUGAUUAUAAGUUUAGUUGAUUCCCUACACUACUCGUCGCAUUGGCCAUGUUGGAGGUUGAGGAAAAUGACUGCAUUUGGGUGGUGGUCGCGCGUGGCUGCUUUAGUGGUUAAAACAUGGAUCAAUAUAACCACAGGGCAAACAUAUGUUUGUUUGUUUGUUUUUUUUCGUGGAGUCAUCAGGCCACUUUUAUGUAGAGAGUUGACCAUUAUAGUAAAGGUUCAACUUUAAACACAAUAUUAGCCUGCGAGCAAGCUCUCCUAUUUGGGUAAGCGAAGUGAGCCUCGCGAGAACGCGCGAGCGAGGGGCUGAGGAAAGGAGAGCUUGCAACGAUCUCUCAUAAAUUUUCAUUUCCACCCCGGAAACCCCGCGACUCCGCAAAGCGUGAAAACUGUCACCGCAAACGUGCCGCAGAUUAGAAAAGUGACAACCGCCUGUCAAGUAAGUUAAGACAGCCGAGGACGCCUAGAAUUAUUUAUUUAUUUAUAAAUAAAUUUCGCAACAGCAUCAAAGCAAUGUUUUUAUAUGUUUUUUUUUCCACGGGGACAUUGAACUUCAAUGUGUUCGCUCGGAUAAGAACUCACCAAUUUGAUUCUCGUUUCGUUUACUUUUGAAAAGUCAUCCCUACUGCAGUGUAGAAGACUACUCCCCAUCGCAAUCACCAACAAAAACAACAUAUAUUUGUCCGUCUGGAACUGGAGAAUAGCGUUUUCCUGCACUCGGUUCUCUUAAGUUUUACUCCAGUUGCUUCCAACUCUUUCUCUUUUCCUUCUUUACGGUCACGCUACACAGCUACACUGUCAAGUACAUGUUUCUGAAUUUUUCUACCCAGUAGAAAUCAACCGGGCGAAGAAACCGAUGUUGGAAAACAGCGCUUGAAUCACUCUUCACUUUCACUCUCCCGGUUUUCAGAAUUAAACAAGGUGCUUGACACAAACGAAUACAACUCAGUGAUGAAGGGUUUUCAUUUUCCUUCCACAAGAACUACAAACUCGAUCCGACUUAUCCUCGGCUCGCAAUAUUCUCUUUACGAGAAUUACAUCAAACGAGCCUGUCCGCUUUGAGGGCUGAAACAUUUUCUCGGUGCCAAUCUCAUCCCCCUGAGAACCAAAUUUGACACACAGACGAAACGGGUGCCAGCUUAGCCUGUUAUCAAUCAACUUUGAUUUCCGGAACGUCAUUUUUCAGCCAAUGAUAUUUCCCUUCGUCUGGGCGAAGUACAAAUGAAAAUUUGUAAGGGAUGGUUGCAAGCUCUCCUUUCGCCGGCCCCUCGCGGCUUCGCCGCUCACUUGCGCGUUCUCGCGAGACUCGCUUCACUCGCCCAAAUAGGAGAGCUUGCUCGCAGGCUAACACAAUAUGAGUAUAAAAUUUUUCCCCCUAAAGGAAAUUUUGAAGCCCCAGUUUUCCAUAAGCUCCUAUUAUAGAUUGGUAUAAUAGCUGUUAAAAACUGAGAAUUCCAGAGAGGUCUAUUAAAUUUUAUUUGGAGAAACUUGUUUGUCAGAGCAAAAUGAUUGCCUUUGCCUUUCAUCUUUGUACAUACGCCUAUUUUAAUUAAGGUUACUUCAGAGAAGAAUGAUGCAUGAUGCAUGGUCCAUGUUUCAUAGCCCGCAGUGCAUUAUUGUAGCAAGUCUAGUGCCCGCAACGAGCCUAGAAACCUAGAAAGCAAAUGCUGCUGACGCGUGUAUGCUAUGUCAGCAGAACGUUAAGACAAUGGAUUUCAAAGGAAUGAAUCCUAGGCUUUUAAUUUAAGACAGUGAUCUGACGUUAGGUCUUUCUCUCUGGUAAUAUGCAAAUGCUGCAAAUUUUCAAUGAGUUUGCUUGGCUCGUGCACAUGGGAAUUUUGGAUGGAGUUAAAAAAUAAAAUCUAGGCAUUUGUUGAACUACAAUGGAUAAAACUUAACAUUACAUGUUUAUAUCUUUUUUUGAGGCAAUUUUUUAAAAACUGAAUUUAAAAAAAAGCGUUUUUAGAUUGCUUUACUGAAAUAACCAGCAUUCUGGCCCAUGCAAAAACGCAGCUUAAUCAGGCGGUAAAACCCUAUUCAUUUGAUGUUGUUAAAAGAAGAGGCUUCUAAUUGUUUACUAUGAGAUUUUAAAAAUGAAAUUGUUCAGCUCACUCAUGCUUAAGAAUAAUAUUUUAGCAGCCAUUUGACUUGAAAAAAGCUCUCUAGAACGCCUUCUCACAAAUGGUCUUCAUUAUUUCAAUAAACGUGAACAAGACUAAACUUCCCCUUACAAAAGGGUUUACCCAUAGUGCGCUGCAGGCUAUGAAACAUGGUUCAUGGGAGCAACCUUAGUGCUGUGCACAUCAGUGCUGUUGCAAAGUACCAUAGCCUUUGAGAAAUGUAAGGACAUUAGUUUGACAUAUAUGUUUUGAUCCAAACCUAUACUUGCUUUCUGUAUGAAAAUUAUUCUGAAAUAAUUCUACAUGUAGUUAAUUGUUAAUAAUUAUUAGAACUUAGAACAAGAAUUCGCAAAGAAAGCAGGAAGGGCUGUACAUGUAUGUCAAAAUAAGGUCUAUCCAGCCUCGCUUCAAUCAACUAACUGUAAAUUGGGUCAAUUAAAUAUGAUGUUUAUGUUUUCUUUCCCAGCGAUUAGACUUUGUUGACUUUGCCACGGGCUCACUGGGCCAAGGUCUUAGCUGUGCAUGUGGUAUGGCAUACACUGGGAAAUACUUUGACAAAGCAAGGUGAAAUUUUAUAUUAUUUGAUAUGAUUUGACAUUUAUUUUUUUGAUGUAUGAAUUAUUCAUUUGGGAUCUUUUGGAGCAAAUUGAAGGGUCUAUUAUGGGUUACUGGCCAAGUGCCAAGUUUUCUGUAUAUCUGUUGAGUUAAGGUCUUUAUAAUUUAUCUAUUUAUUUUUUAUUUAUUUGGCAGAAAAAAACAUAUUUACAUACAGACAUCAGUGUAUUACAAAAAUGUUAGGUUAAAAGAUUAAAGAGACGUAAAUUGUAAGUAAAAGAAUUAAAAUAAUUUUUCUAGCGAGGAAGAUCAAAAUGAAACCUUGAGAUGCAAAAACAGUACGAGGUCAAUGUUCAACCAUCUUGACCAAACAGUUUUCAAUGAUGAUGAUGAUGAUUGUAACUAAUUGCUUAAAGCUGAGAGCAUUGUUAAUAAGUACAGCUGUAAUUGCCUUGAUGAUGUAAUAGUAUUGUUUCAGAAACAUGCCACCUUGAUUCUGUAUGCUGCAUCAUCAUCAUCAUCAUCAAAUUUAAAUCAGGUCAUUCAAUAAAGUGUCAGGAUUUCAGUGUUUUCCUUAUCAGGCGGUAACCGGUAAAAUUUACUGUCUGAAGUAACACUUCUUACUGCCUGCAACCACUUGAAGGUUUGCUAAAAUUAAGUAAGCUGUUUUAAAGAAUACCCAAGUUGUGAUCCGAUCCGAUCAAGGUAAUGAAUGAACACAUGGAAGUGUACUAAAGUAUGCACAAGUUUUCUUUUUAUGGGCCACGCAUUUUGGAAAGAGCAUUUGAAGGCAGAGUACAAUAAUAUUAUUAGAAUCAAACGUUUUGAAUUGAGAUAACAACAGCUGAUUUGCGUAAAAUAGGACUUCAACUGAGGGGGAAUGACGUUUCGGAGAACUUAGCAGUGUACACAGCAAGGUCGAAGCCAUGUCCUUCACUCUACUACCCCCUCCUCAGGAAAGUGCACACAUAUUUUUUGCCUUACCGGCAAUGAAUGGUCCCUUACCUGCUGAGCUAAAAUUUAGGGAGAUUGCUGGGAGUUACGUACAUGUAUCAUUAGAAGCAGCUUGAUCAUUUACUCUUCUGCUCAGAUGUGACGACCUUAUUUUUAUUUUCUCAGCUACCGUGUAUUUUGUGUUAUUGGUGAUGCUGAAGCUGCAGAGGGCUCAGUCUGGGAAGCUAUGAAUUUUGCAAGUCAUUAUAAGCUUGAUAACUUGUGUGCUAUCUUUGAUGUCAAUCGUCUUGGACAAAGUGACCCCACAAUGCUCGAACAUGACUUUGAUACUUACAAGAAAAGAACUGAGGCUUUUGGGUGAGUUCAGUGAAUAAAAUAUCAAUGCAAUUAGAAACUUAAAGUGUAGUCACGUGCAAAAAUGUAAUUUUGAUUUUUGUUUAAUUGCAAAAUAAUCCUUAUAAUAUCAUAGGUGACGAAUUACUCCUUAAUUUUGGCGCGAAAUUUCAGCGUUAAUUUGUAAUUUCACAUGUGAAAUUACAAAAUUGCCAUGGCAACCCUCCGUACAUCUCAGUGUCAAGAUGGCGACGAAGUUUUAAAAUGCCGUGAAUGGAGAUGUCAGGGCUCAAAAAGACGCUUUAGAAAACCUGAACACACAAGAGAACAUCAAGAAGGAUUCUAACAGGUAUUUUGCCGAAAUAGUUUGAAAAAUUCUGAACUUUAUAAGCCAAAUUUAAGGUCUAAACAUUUGACAGAGUGGAGUUCUCAAUCGAUAAGAUCCAGGAUAAACAUGUCAAAAAUCCAAGAUUGCUAACGUAAUUCGUCACCCAUGAUAUUAAUAGGUAAUCAAAUGGUAUACUGGUGAAAUUAUUCUCUAAUUUCACUCGUCACCAUUUGAUUACACAUACCAAUUUAAUAUUGAGUAUUCAGGCCUUCUGAAUUUCAAAAACUUAAUCAAUUUGUGUACUUAGGAGGAAGCCAUGUCCCUGUUGUCAUUUUACUUCCUUAUUAUAGUAGGGGUGUAGCGAUUCAUAUUCCUUGCGAUUUGAUUCUAUUUUGAUGAUUGCUUUUUGAUUUCGAUUAUUUCUUAAUUCUUAUAACAUAACGCGUUAACAAUGUAAACAGCAUGCAACCCUUAAUGCUUAAUUUGAGAAUAGUAACAGGGACAGGAGUAUUCACUGUCGCUUGCUCGUUUGUUGCCAGGUUUGAGAACCUGACAAAGAGUGUGUCGCGCACAUGGCUUGCCUUAUUUUAGCCUGCAUAGGAAGCAUUUCCAAUUGCGAAAGUUAGAGCGGGAGCAAAAAAAAAGGUGGAAGGGGGACAGAGGGAGGGGAGAAGAGGAAACGCUUGCCCACAAACCCCACAACUCGGGAAAACGCCCCUUGAUAUUUCACGGUUCGGUUCAUUUGUAAAUUGACAGCUCGUCAAAAUAGAAGUACCGGUAUAAUGAAAAGAUUACCCCUGGAUUACCAGUUUUGUAAAAUUACGUUGUUCUUUAAUAGAAUACGUUCCAGGCGAUUGCAAAUACUGUAAUAAAAAAGGUUUACGAUAAAAGAAGGUUGAAACUCUGAGCAACUGCUGUGGGAUUUCUUGUUUUUUUGUUGUGUGGCUUUAUCUCGUCUGAAACCUUGUUGAAACAUCAAAAAUGAUUUGUCCGGAACAAUUCACUCCGCCAGUCAUAAGUUUUGCAGAGCGGCUGCUCUUCAGCCCUUGUCAAAAAGUUCUCUACAGUACAUGCCGCUAAAUUUCCAGCAAACAAAAGAAUCUUUUCAUUUCAAAAAGCUGACAAACCGCUUGUCCACGGCUUUAGCUAGUGUUGAGUACCGAUGUUCUAAUUUACGUUGAUGUUAUGUCCAAUAAACAGUCCAUUUUUUCCAGUCUGAUCCGCACUCCGUCAUUCCCACUACUGAAAUUGGCCUUCCCUAGUCUUCACUGCUCGAUCUCCAAUAAUACCUUGAAUAUUCUGAUCUCAUAAACCUCCGCACAAACACGAUUCAAACAAAUAUCAGUCCAAAGCAUUUUGUAAUCUGCGACCACAAUUCUGAUGAGACCAAAUCUGUGACGCACGUAAACAAAGCAUACCUGGUUCGAUUGUUGUUUCGAUUGCUAAGUAAUCAACACUACCAGCACCACACCAAUCAGAAGCUGCAUUCGUGGGCGAAUGAGUUUUUCAAAAUCAUGGGGUUUGCGGGCAAGCGUGUCCUUCUUUCCCCUCCCCCUCCCCCUCCCCUGUUGUUACUUUUUUUUGCUCUCGUCCCGAUGUUCUCGACGAACUUGCACGGAAACGCUUGCUAUGCACUCUAGCCUUAUUUGGAAAUUCUCAAGGCAUUUUUACCCGGCAACCCAAAAUGGCGCAUGAACUGCUGUCAUCUUAAAAAAAGGGCACAUUUUAAAGAGUUCUGGAUUUUGAUUUAACAAUAUAAUAACAGACUGAGAGCACCCUUUAAAGGGUAUGCAAAAAUCGAACCAAAAUCGAAACGUAGAAACAAAGAAUCGUAAAUCAAACCAAACGGUCAUAAUCAUGAUUAAUCUAGAAUUCGAAUUCGAUCGUUACACCAAUAUUUUAUAGGCUCUGUGAAAUGAAGGUAUUGGAAUUUAAUGUGACUUAAUUAUUAAUGCAAAUCUAAUUGGGAAACAACUUUAGAAUAAAGGAAAUUAUGAUACCAUUUCAAAAUGGAGGACAUUCGCCAAGAAAUAAAACUAAUUGUUGGCUCAUGGGCACAACAGGAAUGAAGUACAGUUUAGCAUAUAAUUCGAAUUGGGAACUUUUUUUCUGCUACUUUCCGCAAAUGUAUGAAGGGAAUCAAGCAAAGAAAUCUAGCUACUUUGAGGGUUCUUCCAAUUUCACUGAGACCUCUUUCUUAGGUAUCAAGAAUAUCUGCAGUGUAUCGAGACCUUGGGACCAAAAUACUUGAAAUUAAGGUCGCAGAAAUUAACGCUGUACUUAACUAAUAUAUGGCACAAAAAUUAAUGUGUAUAAAAAUUAAUGCAAAUUUUUGAAAUUCACAUUUAUUUCAAUCGUUGCUGUCACAGUUCAACCCAUCUUUGUGCCAUUUGUCGCCAUAUUUCAGCUGUCUUAUAUCGCUGUUUCAAGGCCAUGUGCUUGUUGGAGUUUUACCCUAACAUGGCCUCUAUACUGGUUUUAAUUUUUCUAGCUGGAACACCCUUGUAAUAGAUGGUCAUGAUGUUGAAGCAGUCUGCAAAGCAUUUUAUGAAGCCAAAACAACAAAAGAUCGUCCAACAGCUAUUCUGGCGAAGACGUACAAAGGAAAAGGUGUUGAAGGUAUGGUAAUAGGCCAUAUAUAUGCUCUAAGAGGUCAUGUGACAUCACUUUUAUGAAAAUGAAAGUUAUAUGAUUUUGCCUUGGAAAAACGAUUAGUUGAUCAUGUCUUAAACAAAAUAAGAGUGAUUUAGUGUUUCAAACCUGUACCAUUUUCUUAAAAUGAGUAAUUUCCUUCGUAGCUGGUCACAUGACCAAAUGUGAUUUUUAAAACCAUGAAUUACCUCUUUCCGAACAAUGUUGCACGUCAAGGAAAACAAUUUUGAAACAAUGAUGUGGUAACAUUUAGAGCACAUCUGUGCGUAACUAUCAAACAUCUAACAAGAUAUAAGCAAAAAGUAGUUUUUGCCACCAUGUUGGAGGGCAAGAGCAUGCCUCCAACAUGGUGGCCAAUCAUACUACUUUAAUUUGUUGAAAAAUGAAAGUGCCAUAAAAUAUCUCCCUUACAUGUGUUUCCUCUCAAAUUUCGGCUGUAAGAUAAUUUUUGUGUGCUCUGUCAAUUUGUGGCAUCAGCAAGAUUCCAACUCAUUGUUUAAAGGAAGCAUUAGUCAUGUGACCUCUUAGUGCAAGUGGCCUAUUGAAACUCUCUUCCCUUGACACUUGCUGUUGGCCUAUUGUAGUUGCAAAACAGGGUAAAGUUAUCUGGCUCAGGUUACCCAUUCCAAACUUUUGCCCCCACCUUCCCCUUAAGUCAAAGUUAAGCAGUCUGUCAAAGUGACAAUGACUGUUUCAUGAAGAGUUCAUGCUUUAAUGAGGUUCCUCAAGGACGUUCUGUCCUUUGCUCGCUGCCUCCAAGUAUCUACUAAGAUGUUCUUCCACUUCAGGGUUCUUUUCACGAUGUCCUUGAAUCUUAGCUUAGGCCAUCCUUGAGUUCUCUUUCUAUCUCUUCCCCUUUGGUGACCCACAAUCUUGUGUGGCUAGAAGCCUUUUAGGUUCUUUUCUUAGUGGGAAUUGAGGAUAAAAGUGCGGGGGAAGGUUAGGUCACAGUCUUCAAGUGGUUGUAAUUAAUCCAGUGAAGUGGGUCAAUAGAUUUUGCUUCAUAAUAAUUGUUUUUUUUGUCAGAAACUUUGAAAUAAUUGUAUUUUUAUCUUUGUGUCAUUUUAUUGUUCAAAUGUUUCUCAAUAUCAUUAUGUCUAUAUUUGUAGAUUCCUAGCCAACCAAAUUUAUCGCAGUGAUACAUGUAAAUACAUGUUUAGUCAUCAUUAGCAACAACAACAACAUAUUAUCCAUAUAUAACACCUCUAAAAAAAUUUUGGGGAACAAUCUUUGGGGCAAAAAGCCCAUUUGUUUAUUCCAGUAGACUGAAGACUCAUUUAUAGAGGGUUAGCCUUGACUUAAGGUAAAUUUAUUCACAAAUUCCAGUGAGAAGAACACCUGUCUACAACUCUGUAUGUUGUGUAAACUCAAAUUUGUGCACUGUCUUGCUGAUAUUUGUGAAUAUUUUACUUUAGCUUGGGGCUAAUACCAUGUACUAAUAAGUCUUCAGCACUAAUUUAUUUAGUGGCCACGACAGAUUCGAAACUGGACUAUUUCCAAGUGUUUUGUUAAACUGUUUUGUAGGCGUUGAAGAUUUGGAAAAUUAUCACGGCAAAGCUCUUGGAGACAAAGGCAAAGCAGCUGUAGAGAAGCUGAAGGAAGGACUUUCUGAUGACAAACAUAACCUGGGCCCGCAGCCAGUUGUUGAUGAUGCACCUGCUGUAGAUCUGUCACCUGGAACCAUUAAGCUGUCUGAACCACCAAGUUACAAAAUUGGAGAUAAGGUAAUUAAAGCCAUUCAUUUCUAAAGCACCAAGUUGGAUCUUUGUCCUUUGAAGAGGAAACUGGCAAAAAUCCUCUCAGAAACAAGUUGUUUUAUACUGUGGUGCUUGUCCAAACUUUCUUAUUGAUCAUGGCAUUUGCCAAGUAUUUUUGUUUUGUUUUACUCAUAUGCCACUAAAACGCAUUGCAGACAUGUACAUUGUUGAGCACAGAUGCUAUUUAGCGGAGUUAGUUAUUCUCUUGAUUCAAUGCAUGCAGAAUAAAAAUUUUAUCUGGUGCUUUGAGCAGGGUUCUUAUUGAUUUUAAAGAAGACGUCAGAGGAUGUAAAAGUAGGUGGCUUGGCAAUAAUUAUUGAUUGCUGAAGGUAACGUCAGGAUUCACUCAGCUCUCACUCUCCAUUUUUCCUUUUUUUUUUCUGGUUUUCUAGUUUUGGUCCUUGUUGUUAGCACCAAAUUUUUUUUUUCCCGAGAAUGCCGAAACAUUUAGAUUCUCAAGAAACAAAAUCAACUGUUUCUGUAGGGACCAGUCUUUAAGUGAUUUGUUAUGUAGCUGGAAAUUCAUGAAACGUUGCUUUAACUGCAGUGGUCAAUCAACAUUCAUGGGUAACAGUGCACUGUUACCCUCUUAUGUCAUAGAUUUUUGCAGUAUUGCCUGCUCAGAGGUUUUGAUGGGAAACAGUUUUAUUGUUAGAUAUCAUAUAACCUUGAAGUAACCAUUUGAGCGUGCAAUGUCGGGAAGAAAUUUCCAGCUAUAUAACAGUAUAACACUGUUAUAUAAUACCGUGAAACUUCCUGUAAGCAACCCAUAAGUGGUUGCUUUUGGGAGAUAGUUCUUUACAAGAAUCCAACUACUGGGAGUCAAUCUUCUGUAAAGGGGUGCAGACUCAUCUACUUUAAUAUGGAAGAUAACUUAUUGUGUGCAAUUUCCAUGUUACAAUAUGAUCAGCUCCAUGUUGUCAUUGAAAUUUCUUAGUAUACUGUGGCAGCAUAGUAAAUACAGUGAGUAUAGAUAUCAGGUAUAAAAAAACAAUAGAAAAUUCUAAAAACCUUUGCUACCAAAAGUGGUCAUUGACAAGAGUUUCCUGGGGGGGACUUUCAUAUAAAAGAAACGGGGAUGCUCAUCUUCUCGCUUUGGGGUGCAAAUUGCUGAUUUUUGUCUCACUUUUGAAAUGGAUGUUCCCAACAUUGUAAGCUGUGCUGCUAAAACUUUCAGCUGUGUGCCUAAAAUUUUGGCAGUGUGCCUAAAAAUUUACAUCUUGUAGCAGAAGUGCUUAAGUUGUAUCCAAUGUCUUUACAGUGCGACUACUCGUACCGAGGCCACCCAGACAAAAAUUUCAAAAUUAAUUCUUUACUGUUGGCUUUGAUUCUGGCAAACCCAGACAUUGUAAAUUAAAAACAGUUUCAGGUUGAUUUAGACAGACGUCACAAUUCCUUAUUUUUUAUAUCCUUUAGAAAAAUGGUUCACAAUGUAUAAGUUGAACUGUCUCUGAGUACAAAAUUAUGCGCAAUUUCAUUGUUUAGAUCUUGACUUGUGAUUGGCUAAUUUUAAAAUUUGUCUCAAAAUUUUGUCUUGGUGGCCUCGGUUUGUGUGGUCUCACUGUAAGAUUGUUUGAAUGAUUCCAGUGAUUCAGAAAGGUAGAAUCAGCUAGUACAACAAAUAACCCUUUAUCCGUGCACUUUUUCAACAUUCCAGGUUGCUGUGCGCAAGGCAUAUGCCAAUGGUCUUAUCAAACUGGGCAAGACUUGUGACCGGGUUAUUGCUCUGGAUGGAGACACCAAGAACUCCACAUACUCUUUGGAUUACAGAAAGGCCUUCCCUGGAAGACACAUUGAGUGUUUUGUAGCAGAGCAGAACAUGGUAGGAGUGGCCAUGGGUUGUGCUGCUCGGGGCCGUGCCAUCACCUUCACCAGCACAUUUGCAGCAUUCUUUACACGUACCUUUGAUCACUUAAGAAUGGCAGCGGUUUCGCAGACCUCAGCUAACUUCUGUGGAUCUCACUGUGGCGUUUCAAUUGGUAUGUUUCUUUAAAGUAAGAAAGAUUUUUUGAAAAAAAAAUUGUAAUGGGCUUUCUUUUCCCAUGGGUUUCUAGUGAAGUUUCUCGUGUUUGCUACUCUGUAUUCUUCACUAUAAGUGACUACAAUACUUGUAGCCUGUUCACAGGCCCUCUAUUUUUUCUUCAAAGUUCAUUGAGCGCACGUGAUAAAAAAUACCACCAAAGCAAGGGGCUAGGGGUGGGGGAAGAAGAUAAUAGAUGGUCUUUGUUUUUCUUUCUCACACUCUGCGCUUGUUCUUGCACACUCGCCGAUGUUUUCAAAAAGAACGAAAAGAAAAAAAACACAAUGUCUGUGUACAGGCUACAAUACUUGUCACAUUUGUUGAAACACUUUUCACAUUAUGUCAUCUCCAAAAUUGGUUCAUGUAUUAUGGGUUUGCAAAUAAACAGGGCUCUCAACGUUUUGGGGAAGAAGAGAAAAAGUAAACACAGGGAAAAGUUAGAUGAUAAGUCAGUUGAGAAGGCGUGACAUGAAAAAUCCUCAGUUUCAGUUAAAUGAUUCAAUGAAAUUUGACAAGUAUUGUUGUGUCCCUGUUCAAACUAAAAGAAUCUCAAAUAUAUGGGUAGGCAGCAACAUAAUGUAGGGGCCAGUAACAGGGCAGCUUCCUAUCCACGUCACCAACAUUUUGGUUUAAAAAUAGGUACAGUGAGCUCUUUUUAUUGUGGACACCCUUGGGACAGCAAGUUAGUGUCGGCAACAGCAAAAGUAAUGGUAGAAGUUCAUUUCAGACAAAAUCUGUAACUAAUUUUUGCCGAGAAUUUGCCACUGUCCAUAUUACUGGGGCUCCUGUGCUAGCAAGGUUUGUGCAAUGCAAGAGUUGACUGAGUGGGCUGCAUGUGUGAACUGUUGUUGGCUCACAUUAAGCUCUACAUGGGAGCAUUUUGUACCUUUUGGAUUCCUGAGUGAGCUUAAAUGCAUGGGGAUUGAUUUCAGGUCUGAAAACGGGUAUGGAUUCUAGAGGCCAGGUCUGAAAACGUGUCUGGAAAAUUACAUUUUUUGGUCUGAAAUAGGGUCAGGAUUUGGAGAACCAGACAGCACACCCCCAACAAGAAUUCCCAGGAGUUGCCCCUACCCCCCCCCCCUCCGCCCCCCUUAGGAUUAGGUCACUUCCUUACAAACCUACAUUGUAGCAUACUAACUUGAACCACAGUAUUUUGGGUGACACUGUUGACCUAAAUUAAGAAACACCCUGAGACAACAUUAAUGUACAUAUUUCUUGAACUGUAUUGGGUUAUACCCUUAACCUGGGGCACACCCUGACAUUCAUAAAAUCAUUCGCCAUCAACCUAUUUAGAAUCUAAGAUAAUACCUGCUUUUCAGGUUUUAAUAAAAUUAUUGUAUUCUAGUAACCAUGUGGUGAAGAAACAUGCUUAUGUUUGUCUUAAUUGGUUCAUGAUCAGGUGUGGACGGGCCUUCCCAGAUGGCUUUAGAGGACAUUGGCAUGUUCCGUUCCAUUCCAAACUGUGUGGUGUUUUACCCAAGUGAUGCUGUCUCGUGUGAACGCGCUGUUGAGCUGGCAGCUAACUACAAGGACAUGACCUUCAUCCGUGCUACUCGAGGAAAUACACCUGUUGUCUACAAGAAUGAUGAACAAUUUGAGAUUGGCAAAGCCAAGGUAAGACUGGAGAGAUCAUCUUUUGUUUUUGAGGUGGCAGUUGUGUUGAACAAUGCAUGGAGGACAGCCUUUGUAUGUGGUCUUUCAGUAGCAUUUUAAAAAACAAUAUUGAAGUUCAAGCAAGGCCUUGCACUACUGUCAAAAAUUAAAAACUUAAAAUAGUAGCUUUUUCCCAUCAAUGACAUUAUCAGGGAAAGGAGAACAAGGGGUCAGUCCAGUUCAAUUCAGGAUCUGCUAUGUCUGAAGGAGAUGAACGCCAUGAAUGCCAUUUUCUCAGCGCUUGACCCGUUCAGCAAUAAUUUCAAUGCACUGGAUUGUACAAGUAACGAAGUUUUGUGUUGCAGCUAUAGACCUUAAUGACGUUUUUGGUGUAGGUAAUAGCAUGAUUUGAAGUGAUAUAUUUUGGCAUAAAUAUGAUGAGCGAUAUUUCGAAAUUGUUGUACGUAAUUUCACGAGCCGUUAGGCAAGUGAAAUUUGAGACAAUUUUGAAAUAUCACAAGUGGUAUUUAUGCCAAAUAUUACAUAGAAUUCAUGCUAUUAUUUGAUUAUACUACAACCCGCAAAGGUUUUGUAAUUUUCACCUGGACGUAUUUCAAAUUAAGCUGAAAUACCACUGCUCUAAGUCAAUCAAAUUGCAGAAAUUUCUCAUGUAGUAGUGUAAUAGGCGUAACCAAGUGUUUGUCAUUUUAGAAAAUAAUAAAAUAUUGCACCUGCCAAAUUUUGUAAACAUGAGAAUUUGAAAGAGAGCACUGCCAUCAUGUGAUCAAAAUGCAGCAACAAAAGAACCAAGCGAUAAAAUUGUCUCAAAAAGUCAUGCACCUUGCACUUCGCUGAUUUACAUUCUCCAAAGAAACAUAGAAUUAUUUAAACAAUACCCUCUAACUUUCAUAAGACAGCAUGGUUUUAUUUUACUUUUUGCUCAUGUUAUUGCUCUAAAACGAAGCAGAAACCAGUAAAAACAAUUAUGGAAAAGCCAGUCUGUCAAAAAUAAUAACUAAUAAAAUUAUUAAAUAACUAAUAAUAAUAAUAAUUCUGUCAUUAAUAACAAAGCUGACUUUAAAAUCCUAUAACAAUCAAUUUUGCUUUAAAAAAACUACUCAGUCAAAGCACUUUUUACUAUUCCUUUUGAUUGAAUUAGUUUUGAUUUUAAAAAAAUUCAUUCAAUUAAAAAAGAAUUACUAGAAUUGACAAACAGGAAAUUAAAUAUAAUAAUAAUAAUAACAGUAACAGUAAUAAUAAUAAUAACUAUUAUUAUUCAUUCAAAUUUUUCUCCAUUUCUGAUUGGGUAAAAUCCCAUGCAUAAUUCCAUCAUAACAUGCUAUUGUCAAUCAAAGGUGGAAGAAUUUUGCGAUGUGUAAAAAAUGAUGUCAAAAGUGCAGCAAAUGACAAAAAGGAAAUUAAAUAUAAUAAUAAUAAUAACAGUAACAGUAAUAAUAAUAAUAACUAUUAUUAUUCAUUCAAAUUUUUCUCCAUUUCUGAUUGAGUAAAAUCCUAUGCAUAAUUCCAUCAUAACAAGCUAUUGUCAACCAAACAUGGAAGAAUUUUGCGAUAUGUAAAAAAUGAUGUGAAAAGUGUAGCAAAAUUGCCAGAUUAUUGAAAUGUUAACCGAGAAGACCCGGGGACAAGGCUGUGACUAGUACAUGGCAGAACAUUUCACUUGUUUCAAGAGUAAGAAAUGGGCGAACUAUUUGCUAAAAGCAUAGCAAAAACGGCAAAAGACAACUCGACAGACGACACCUGCUGUUCACCUGAACAACCCUUUAUUUCCUAAACUUGCCAAUAAACAUGCACUAUUGACGAUAAACUUAACAUCAAUGGAGGUAAGCAUGCUUUAGCUUGUUUUUAAACUACGAAUUAUUUUGAAUGAAUAAUAAAACAAUUAUUGAAUUUGCCUUUCGUAUCAUCUGAAGAAUUAUGGAUAUCGAGGAGGGUGUUAUCUACUUCAGCCUACCUCCUCAGGAGAUAAUACCCUCUUUGAUCUCCAUAAUUCUCCAGAUGAUACUCAGCCUCAUUCAAUAAUUUGUAAUGAAUCUUCUAUUAAGUUCCCCAGGGGGCUUAUUUCCUAAACCACGUUUGAAGGGGGGACUUAAUAGAGAGGGGGCUUAUUUAGUUUAGUAAAGAUGAGGGAAUAAAUUCUCAAUAAAACGCCAGAAUGCAAAAGGCACUUAAAGCUGAAGGUCAUGCAGCAAAAAAUGCUACUAGCAAAUAUAAACUUUCAGAAUAUCAAUAAGCCAUACCGGAUCAGUCCUCAUGAAGUGUUAGAGUUGUGAUUGAAAAAUACAGUCUAUCAUUUAAAAAAAGAGGAAAAGGGGCGGCUUAAAGACAAGGGGGAAGGGGGCGUAAUAACUUUCUUCCCCAGCAAAGGGCGACUUAUCAGAGAGGUACGGAAUUUAACACCCUAAGCGCCACUCACCUAUCAGAAAUUUAAGGGACUACACUCCCGGGCUUGAAUGACUGAUUGAGAGUCCUUUAGUGUUUUUUUCUACGAUAAGCUUAGCUUACAGCACUCGCUUUGUUGGCUGUAGAUUGUUCGUGAGAGUGAUAAAGAUUCAGUACUAGUUAUUGGAGCUGGUGUUACACUGAUUGAAGCAAUCGAAGCUGCUAAAGAACUUGAAAAGGAGGACAUCAAGAUUCGGAUCAUGGACCUCUUCACCAUGAAGCCAAUUGACAAGGAAGCCAUCAUACAGCAUGCCAAGGCUUGUGGUGGGAAAAUACUCACUGUAGAGGAUCAUUAUCCUGAAGGUAUGUUAUGUAUGUUUCUUAACCCUUUAAGCCCUAAGAGUUAUCAACAUCAAAUUUCUGCUUGUAAUAUCCAUGCUUUGUAAAACAGAUUGGUCAUGAGAAUUACGGACAUGAUGACACAAGAUGAAUUUGCUUGAUAUUUUAUCAACUUCUCCCCACUUCUUCUGUGCGAAAUGAAUAGGGGCAACAAAUGAGAAUUCAAAGUUUGAUCUUAGGGUUUAAAGGGUUAAAGGGGCUUUGUCACGAGGAUACUACUGUUUUUGGUCAGUUCUGUGCUGAAAUCAGUACCAGAUCAAGACCUUGAGAUGGGGGCUGGUGUCCAAAAAAACUUUUUUCCGUCUUUCGGGUCUCAGUUUGGUCUCAAAAUAAGGGGGGCCCAGGCCCCGCGGCCCCUCCCCUGGAUCCGUCACUGGAAGUCAUAGGUCAACCACAAAUAUGUACUGCUCAGUAGCUUUUAUUUCAAUGAUAACACCUUACAGGUUUGUCCAGACUCAAAAGAUAGAGUCACCUUGCUCAGCAUAGCAAGUAGUACCACAAGAAAGCACUGCUCAGUAGCUUUCAUUUAAGGAGUCACACUUAUUUUUUUGUCUUUUCCUUAGGUGGUCUUGGUGAGGCUGUUAUUGCUGUUGUGGCAAAGGAGAAGGGGGUGAUUGUGGAGACAUUAGCCGUGAGAGAGAUCCCACGUAGUGGCCCUGGAGAUGUUUUGUUGGAUCAGUAUGGAAUUGGUGCCAGAACCAUUGUCAAGACCGUCAAGAGCAUGUGA